AUGCACGUCCCCGCGGCGCUGUCGGAGUACACCGGGUUCACGCAAGCGAUGCGAUCGAUCGCGAGGAAAGAGGGCGUCGGGACGUUUUACAAGGGCGUCGGCGCGUCCGUCUUGAGGGACAUGCUCGGGAGCUCGGUUAACCUCACCGUGCAGUCGCUCGCGUCCGAGUGGCUCGUCUCGUCGCACGUGCUCACCCCGGGGUCGCCCGUGCUCGGCGCCAUCUCCGGGGUGUUAUCCGCCGCGGCCUCGGUCGCGGUGAUGCAGCCGAUCGACACGAGCCGCGCGUACGUCUACCUGAAGCCGCACCUGCAUCGAGACACGAUCAAGGCGUUUCGAUUCAUCGUGCUGCGCGAGGGGCCGUGGGCGCUCUACCGCGGCUCGCGCGCGCACUUCUUCCGCACCGCGCCGCACUACGCGCUCAUGUUCGCGCUCCUGGAGACGAUCGCGGGCAUGGAGCGGCGGGUGUUGCACCGACGGAACAAGGAGCAGCUGGCGCGCGUGCCCAUCUUCGGCACGCUGUCGGACGAAGAGCGAGAUAAGCUCGCGCACGGCGUGCGGACGCAGACGUUUAAACGCGGCGAGAGGAUCGUGCUCGAGGGCGACGCAGACGACCGAGAGAUGUACUACGUCCUGCGCGGCACCGCGCGCGCGAGAGUGGGCCUGGACGAGGAGGAGGACUUGGAUUGGGCGGACGACGACCGGAGGAGGGAGCGUCGGAGAGACCGCCCCGGGUCGACGAUGAAGCUGGACGAGUCGUCGCCGUGCGCCGUCGGCGCGCGAGGGUCCUCCGCGCUCCUCGCGGACGACUGGUUCGUGCACGACACCGUGAUAGGCGCGGGGGAUUCGUUCGGCGAGGAAGCGCUGCUCGUGGACGAGCCGCGACGCGCGUCCGUGGUGUGCACGAGCGAGAAGACGCGGUGUCUCAUCGUCGAUCGCGUCGCGUACGAGGUGGCGACGCGGGGCACGCCCGAGAACGUCUUCCACGUGAGAACGCGCGCGACGACCGAGCUGGAGAUGAUGUGGCGACGACUCCGGUUCGACCGUGAGCUCGAGCGCGUACCGUUGCUCGCGGAGCUGGACGGGUUCGAGCGCGCGCUGCUCGCGAAGCGGUGCGCGAGGGUGACGUUCGAGCCCGGCGCGAAGAUCACGCGGCAGGGCGACGCGGCGGAUAAGUUUUACAUCCUCCUCAGCGGCCUCGCGGUGGCGGUUCGAAAGGAGACGGACGUCGAGACCGGCGCGCUGUGGAAGAACCUCAAGGGCGGCGCCGCGCCGGUGCAUCCGCAGCGGGUGCUGCGGAGCUACGGCCCGGGCGCGCACUUUGGCGAGCUCGCGUUGCUCACCGGGCAGCCGCGCGCGUCGACGGUGGUGGCGCAAGAGCGGACGGAGGCGCUGGUGCUGGAUAAAAACGCGCUCAUGGAGAUGCGCGCGACGGUGCCGACUCUGGAGGAUCACAUCGUGCGCGGGAUGCGGCACUACGAUCACAUAGAGCAGUUCACGUCCAUGAGCAUGGCGUGAUUUGAGUACUGUAUGUAACCUUACAUUACUAAUUACGACG